GACUGAGGGGAUCUCCCCAUGCUUAUCUCUACUUGGUAUAUCUGUCUACUUUUGUAAAUCUAUGACUGCUAAUAACAAUAACAAUAAUAAGAAGAAGAAGAAGAAGAAAGAGUACAUAUCCAAAUCUCAUCACUUUCAAAUCCUUUCUCAUUGCUGCUGUCUCUGAUCUUCCUUCUCCAAAUCGUCCCUUCGUUUUCCAAAUCAAUUUCUGCAAGUACUGCCGGAAAACGACUUUUCCGUGAUUUCGACGGGAUCGAGCUCCCACGAGUCUCGGUUGACUCGGUUUGGCUGAGGUUUUGGUUCGAUUGACUGUCUGCGGCUCUAAGCCGUGAUUGACUCGGUAAAAGGGGCUUCUGAAGUUGCAGAGAAGCCGCUUCAGUAUCGAGGAUUUCAUUCCCGUCACGCCACGCUGAGUUGACUCAGAUUUGCGGCAUAGUUGAAUGGUUUCGAACUUAGAGGACGAAUUGAAUCAAGUUGUUUUUCGGGUGCGUUUCUACAUAUACUUUGGGAGCAUUGAAAAACUUGGAUUGUUCUAAAUUCUGAACCAUUACUGGGGGAUCGUCUGGAUGUUGAUUUGGCAAUGAUAAGGCUUAUCCAGUGUUGCAUUUGAUAGGUCUUGGAGAAGGAGCAUAAUUGGAUUCGCAUAUGAAGCUUGAUUGCAUGUUUCUGAUCUGCAUUCAACUCUGGUGAUACAAUUCAAACAUUAUUUAUAAUAGUCUUACAUUCUAGUGCUGGGAUGGGUUGUCGAUGCUCUAAGUUCACUGCAUGUUGUGGGUUCACUGCAUGUUGUGGGGAUCCAGAAGAAAAUGGGCCAAUUCAUGAGGCGCCUAGAGUUGAUGAUGAGGAGAAGAGCGAAGCUAACGAGUUGCCUGCUUUCCGUGAAUACACCAUUGAACAGCUUAGAACGGCAACAUCUGGAUUUGCAGUGGAGAACAUUGUUUCUGAACAUGGGGAAAAGGCCCCAAAUGUUGUUUACAGAGGGAAGUUGGAUAAUCAAAGGCGAAUUGCUGUCAAACGCUUUAAUAGAUCUGCUUGGCCUGAUGCCCGACAGUUCUUGGAUGAAGCAAGAUCUGUUGGUCAACUCAGGAACAAUAGAUUAGCAAAUCUUCUUGGUUGUUGCUGUGAAGGUGAUGAGAGAUUGCUUGUUGCAGAAUUUAUGCCCAAUGACACACUUGCUAAACACCUAUUCCAUUGGGAAUCGCAACCGAUGCAGUGGGCAAUGCGUUUACGGGUUGCUUUGUAUCUUGCACAAGCUCUUGAAUACUGUACGAACAAGGGACGCGCACUUUAUCAUGAUCUUAAUGCUUAUAGAAUAGUAUUUGAUGAUGAUGGAAAUCCUAGGCUGUCAUGCUUUGGUUUAAUGAAGAACAGUAGGGAUGGAAAAAGUUAUAGCACGAACCUUGCAUUUACACCUCCAGAGUAUCUGAGGACUGGAAGAGUAACUGCAGAAAGUGUGAUUUAUAGUUUUGGCACCCUUUUACUUGACCUUCUCAGUGGAAAGCACAUUCCUCCAAGCCACGCCCUUGACCUAAUACGAGACAAGAAUCUUCAGAUGCUAACUGAUUCUUGCUUGGAAGGCCAAUUUUCUAAUGAUGAAGGGACUGAAUUGGUACGCUUAGCUUCAAGGUGCUUGCAGUAUGAACCAAGAGAGAGGCCAAAUCCAAAAUCAUUGGUUGCUGCUUUGAUUCCUCUUCAGAAGGAUACUGAGGUUCCUUCUCAUGUAUUAAUGGGUAUACCGCAUGGUGCUGGAGCUUUGCCCUUAAGCCCACUUGGUGACGCAUGCUUAAGAAUGGAUUUGACUGCCAUACAUGAGAUCCUAGAAAAGAUUGGGUAUAAAGAUGAUGAGGGAGCAGCAACUGAGCUUUCCUUCCAGAUGUGGACAAACCAGAUGCAAGAGACAUUGAACUCAAAGAAGAAGGGUGAUUCUGCUUUCAGGCAUAAAGAUUUCAGAACUGCAAGUGAAUGCUACACACAGUUCAUUGAUGUCGGAACCAUGGUCUCCCCAACAGUUUUUGCUCGCCGCAGCUUGUCAUAUCUCAUGAAUGAUAUGCCACAGGAAGCCCUAAAUGAUGCAGUUCAAGCACAAGUAAUAUCCCCGGUGUGGCAUAUUGCAUCCUAUCUGCAAGCUGCUAGUCUAUUUGCUUUGGGAAGGGAGAAUGAGGCACAAAUUGCACUCAGAGAGGGUUUGAUACUUGAAGAGAAGAGAAAUGGCACUUCCUAAUAAUGGAAAAGAGGUGGCCUGACCCGUUCCUGUUGCUGAAUUCAUUCUUUCUGGAGGUGGUCAUUGUAAAUGGAGCACAACAAGCUUCUUGAGUUUCAGGCAAAACACAAGCUUAACCCCAAAAAGGAACACAGGUUUAAUGAACACAGAUUAUUCUCAGUCUUGUGCUUGCAUGACUGGUUGGUUUUGCUGUCUUCUUAAUUGAAUCUUUCUUUGGGACAUUAUUGGAUCGGUUUGUUUGGCCAGUUAAUGGGGGCAAUGGGGAUGAUAUGCAUCUUAUGGUGUUUUUAUGGCAACUUUGUCCCUGCUGACAUUUAGCUGACCUUGUCCAAUAACAGAGACAUUGGGAAUAAUUUCAGAUGGUAUUGGAUCGAUGUUCAUAGGGGACAAACUUUUAAUUUGCUUUUUUUUUGGUUUGGCGGGGGGCGGGGUACAAGUGAGAUUGUUGCCAUGCUGUAAUUUAUGUACAGUGCAUAUGGCUUUCAACUGUUGUGAAAUUGGUGCUUUCUGCUUGUUUGUGAUUUUUAUCUAUUAAUUAGGCUACAUUAUCUCGAAGUAAUUUCAAUGUACUUUUCUGUUUCUCUA